AUGCAACACGGCGGUGACGGUGGUUUGCUAGCGGUGACACCCUCCUACUGUCACCGUUCCUCCUCCUGUUGCGAGAAUGAGAUAGGGAAAAAGAAGGUGGGUCUGUGGUGGUUUAACCGUGGCAAUGGUGUUUCUUGGUGGUCCAAAACCAGCUCCGGUGGAGAUCAGGAAGAGAGGGAAAAGGGAAUGUAUAGAGCUGGAACGAAGAAAAGAAGAAAAAAAAGAGACUGGAAGCACCUGUUAACAACAGGAACGAAGUAUGUAAAAGGAUGUGAGGUUUGUUCUUAUGCUUCAGUUUUAGUGUAGUUUUGCGUUAGCCUUGUGUGUAGUUUUGGAUGCGGGGGAUUUUAAUAGUUGUCUUUUAAGUAUUGUCUUUUGAGUAUUUUGAGUAUAGUAUGCGUAUAUGUGUGAACUAUGUAAAUAAUACAAUUCUCUAGGUAUU